AUGAACCAGCAGAUCGCAGUGGUGAACUGUCAGGUGGCGCUGACGUUCAUCUAUCCGGUCUACACCUACGGUUUUGUCUCGCUAACUGGCGUGAACCAAGUGCUAUUCGUGCUCGUGUUGCCAAUCAUCAAGCUCAUCGCCAAGAAUUGGGUCAGUCGAACUCUUGUCGAUUACGACGAUUUGAAGCCCCAGUCCGUCAUUUUUGUCGUGGAAGUUUUCAACGCACUUUACAUAUCGAACACUCUUCAGAGCGCUUCGUCGUGGACGUUGACUGUCACCAUCAUGGUCGUCGACGUAGUGCACUUCUGGUUUUCAAUGCACGAUAUCUUGGCGGUUUUAAAGGAAGUGAAGGUGCUCAUGGCUAAAAUCCCACAAGAUCACCCACUUGCCAAGGAAAACUUUCUGCAAGUGGCCAUGAGGAUUCUGGCACUUCAUACCCUUGCAGCGCGAAGUGCUCCCGCUGAAGCGGACAACGCUGUGAUCAGCUCAAUUUUCUCGAAAGACGAACGAGCCUUGUUCAUCAAAAAGAGUACUCAAGUACUCUUCAUUACGGAGUACGUUAUCCUGGUGGAGUAUGUUGAGGUGGUUCUUCCCGUCGUCUACGUCGCAUAUCGCAGUGUUCUCUUCUACAUGCCCAACCGUGCCUUCUACGCAUCGAUGACUGAGCUUACUAUUGGGCAGCUCUUGUCGUCCGCUCUGAAUGUGCUGGCUUACAGCUCGCUGGAAUUUGGCUCGUUGAUUAUCUCAGCGAUCGUAUUGAGACGCACCCUGGACAUUUCACCAUGGCGUCAACUUGGUUUCGUGCUGGAGACGCAUACGGGAAUGGUUCAAUCCAUGUUGAUCAACCUACUGAUCUACAUCACGCAGAUUUCACUGGCACACCUCGGUGCCGAUUUCAGCUUCAAAUUCUCCUGGUUACACGCUAAAUGA